AAAUAAUAAUAAAAAAAACAACACAAAACACACAUAUGUGUGCAUGUAUUUGAUUUCGUCAGCGUUUUGCUCAACUCGCGCGCUUUGGAAAACAUUCACACUCAACUAAAACAAGUUUGUAAUAAAAAUUCAACAAUUUUUUCUCGAACUUGCGGCGCAAAGUCAAGUGUUGUCCUUGGUGGAGGUGCCGAUUGCCGUGUGUUCUACAGGUGGCUGACCGAAAAGAAAAUGCCACGAACUGUUUACACAAAAUAUUGAGUUUUAUUUUUUACUCACCGAUUGGAUUAUGUGGGUGUAUUAUUAUCACAGUGAUUGGGAUUAAAUAGAAUACAAUCAGGAAGAAAUCAUGUCGUGGAAUGAUCAGGGGGCGAGCACCGCCGGCGGCGGUGGUUAUGUGACAAAUGGCAACUGUCACACAACGUACAAUCCUCCGAUGAACCACUAUAUGAACAUGCUCGAUCAGACGUGGUACAACGACAUGUUGGCGGCGAAUUACAAUUCGAUUGCGGACCAAUCGUCUAGUAAUAGUCGAGAGCAGAGAAAUAAGGCUGAAAAGAUGCGACGCGACAAGUUGAACUACUACAUAUCGGAGCUGGCAGGACUGGUGCCAUUGAUCUCCACAAGUCCCAAACGCAUGGACAAAACAAGUAUCCUGCGACUGACUGCAACACAUCUUAGAAUCUACCAAACAUUAGUAAACGGCAAUUGCGAACGUAUGAAUAUGCCGCGUGAAAUCGACCAGAUUGUGCUGGAGAACUUGGUUUGUGAGCAACUCGGCGGGUUUCUCAUGAUCCUCGCCGGUAACGGCAAGGUGAUAUUCGUUUCCCCUACGGUGGAGAAUAUAUUAGGACAUUUACAGACUGAUUUAAUGGGGCAAUCGGUCUUCAACGUGAUCGCCCCGGAUGACCAAAGCCGAUUUAAGACUUACCUUCGCACAGACCUCGUUACAGAGUCGGAUUGGAGGAAGUACUUCAACCUGCGGCUGCGGCGCGCUGGACCACGCAGUGAAUCCCCUGUAUAUGAAGCCAUUGAGGUGAUGGGUGUCAAGCAAGUGACGCGGAGUCACCUCCCUGAAGCCGAGUCCCAUUCAAGAGAUUUACAAGCGGUGAAUACCGAUAUGUGGGUAUUCUUUAUGCGUCUAAAUCGUCCCGAACCAAUCACGGAUCAACUGAUGGAAGCCAGUAAAGACGAGUACGUCACGCGGCAUUUGAUCGACGGACGAAUCAUCAACUGCGACCAGCGGAUCUCUUUCAUUGCCGGUUACAUGAUCGAAGAGGUGUCUGGCCUCACCGCAUUCAAAUUCAUGCAUCGCGAUGACGUCCGAUGGGUGAUGAUUGCGCUAAGGCAAAUGUACGACAAAGGUGAAGCGAGAGGAAACUCUUGUUACCGAUUAUUAUCACGGACAGGACAGUUUAUCUACCUACGGACGUAUGGUUUCCUCGAAAUUGACUCAACAGGCAUCGUAAAGAGUUUCAUUUGUGUAAAUAAACUCGUCACGGAGAAAGAAGGCGUCAAACUCAUCACCGAAAUGAAGCAACGAUAUUCUCCGUUGGUAAAAUCCUCCCCACCUCAAUUACAAUUGACAAAUGAAGAAGCGACUGGAAGUGUAGAAGAUCCUAUGGAGUUAGAGGAGGCAAUCGCGACGUUAUUGUCGAACUUACCGUCCCCGGAUUCGGAAACCUCCGAUCAAACAACGCAUGCGUCUAGCGAUGGUUUGCGCGAUUGUCCGUCAACACCAUCCGCUGGCAGCAUGUCGCCAUGCGAUACCUCGUCAAACGCGUCCUCUCACCCACCGUUACCACCACCGUCAACAGGCAAAACCAUACCGAAGCGCCCGCCUAGCGUUGACCCAACAGCGCCGCACAAACGCAUCAAAAUCGAAGCGCCAGUGCAGGUGACGUCGCCGGCGGCGUACAACCAUCGGCAACAGCGGCCAUUUAACGGCUACACCGAUGAGCAUAGGUGAUUCUCGCUGCGUUGAGUUUCAUACAUUUCAUUAGGUUUCGGUCGAAUACGACAUAACACAAAAUGGCGGACCGCGGGCGCCGAGACAAAGUGAGAGAGAGAGACGAUUGUGUAAAAGAUUGUAAACAGUGUGUGCGUGUAUAUUGUGCGUGCACUCACUUUGUUGUCUGCAAAUCUGUAUUGGUGCCAUUUAUUUCUAUGAGACUGAGACAAUUUUCGGAAGACGUGAAGGAGGAGGAAUUACCUAUUACUUCAAACAAAAUAAGACUGGAAAAUUUAUUCAUUACUACCGGAUGAACUUAUCAGAUUAUAUACGAUUCAGAAUUUUAAUGCGAGAUGCAAGCAAACACAAAUACUCUGGCGGUAAUUAUUUUAUUGGUAAGAAAAUACGAUUAGGAUGAUAUACCAAAGAUAGAAAUUUAAAAAAGCGGACGCAGGAAUGUAUUACUAUUGGCAUUUACAAAUCGCGAACGGAAAGAUUGAAUCGUAACUUGCUCAAAAACAAUAAUAGCACGCGGAAGUCGUUUCGUAAUCGAUGUUUGAUUCGGUGUGUGUACACAUUUCAACUUUCAACUUGUAAUACGUACUUUAAUGACAUUACUCAAAGCCACUAAACCCGAUAUUUCUAUAUAUCCGAGAGCAGACCAAUACAAUCGUCAAUGGAAAACGACCUUUAUUUCACAGACAAACAAUACAAAUCAUGCGAAUGAUUGUUUACGAACUGUAAUCCCCCAACGCAAAACAAGAAAUGAAUUUAUAUGCUGAUAAAUAUGAAUAUGAUAAAUAUGUAAAUACGAUUAUUGUACUAUCUAUUGUAUAACUUAUUAAUUUAGUGUAUCUGUGAUGAAUAUUCUUUUUACUAGCGCAUAGGUUUUAUAUAGUUUUAGCCACACCUCCCCCGCGCGCAUUAUCAUCGAUAUCCGAAGAUGUCGGUGUUUUGAUUAUUACUGUAAUUACGUUUUAAAUUGAUUCAUGUUUUUGUUACAUAGUACAAAUUAAUGUUUACGAAUGAUUGCCGGAUAAUAUGCAGAGGAAGCGAGCGUAUGUUUGUAUAAUUUUUUGUUAUGUACAAAAUCAUUUUUACAUAGAACAUGUUCAAUGUAGACCAACAAUAUCUUAACAAUCUUAUUCACUAUAUUUAUGUACUAACUAGAUUUUGCAGCCGGGCGCGCCACUCCGGAUAACUGCAACCCAAAAAAACUAUAAAUGAAAAAACGACUGAUUAAAAACAAAACUAAAUUUAAUGAGAAAAAGACAAUGAAUUUUUGUAAACGUUUACAUGCACAUCGACGAACGCUACGUACGAAAACAAUUCGACAUUUUACUAUAAUAAGCAUUGGAGUUGCACUUAUCCGAGCGGCUUUCAUUGGUUACUAGCAAUUUAUUCACUGAGUACCUUUAAAUAGAAAUAGAUUUAAUACUUUUUUUUGAUUUUCCUACAACUACUUAUUUAUGUAACAAUGAAAAGAUACUUCUUGGUAGAUUUAAUUCGAUACAAUUCAUGCAGAGUGUUGUUUUACACAUUCAAAAACAAUACGAAACAAAAACUAAAGGCAAAAAGUGUAUACAAAUAAAAAUACAAGUUGAAAAUCUGUAAUAUUUGUUUGUAAAACAACGGAAUAAACCAAUUUUUAUUUACUUAA